AUGAAAGGGAACCAGUCAUGGGUCACAGAGUUUGUGCUACUGGGAUUCCAGCUCAGUGCAGAGACAGAAGUUCUCCUCUUCUGGGUCUUCUCUCUAUUCUACACCUUCAGUUUGUUGGCAAAUGGCAUGAUCUUUGCACUCAUCUGUCUGGACCCGAGAUUACAAACCCCGAUGUACUUCUUCCUCUCCCACCUGGCCAUCAUUGACGUGUUUUAUGCAUCCACCAAUGUCCCCAAGAUGCUAGCAAACUUAGUGACCCAUGAUAAAGCCAUCACCUUUGUCCCAUGCAUCAUGCAGACAUUUUUGUGUCUAGCAUUUGGUCACGCAGAGUGUCUGAUUUUAGUGGCAAUGUCCUACGAUCGGUAUGUGGCCAUCUGCCACCCUCUCCAGUACACAGUCAUCAUGAGCUGGAGUGUGACCACGGUCCUCACCACCAUGUCCUGGUUGUGCGGAUUCAUCCUGCCUCUGAUAAAUGUGCUUCUCCUUCUAAGGCUGCCAUUCUGUGGGCCUCAGGAAGUCAACCACUUCUUCUGUGAGCUGUUGUCUGUCCUCAAACUGGCCUGUGCUGACACCUGGCUCAACAAAGUGGUCAUCUUCGCUGAUUGUGUUUUUGUCUUAGUCGGGCCCCUCUGCUUGGUGCUGGUCUCCUAUAUACACAUCCUCUGGGCCAUCCUGAGGAUCCAGUCUGGGGAGGGCCGCAAGAAGGCCUUCUCCACCUGCUCCUCCCACCUCUGUGUGGUCGGGUUCUUCUUUGGCAUAGCCAUGGUGGUUUAUAUGGUCCCUGACUCCAGUCAACGAGAGGAGAAGGAGAAAAUUCUGUCCCUGUUUCACAGUCUCUUUAACCCACUGCUGAAUCCCCUCAUCUACAGCCUGAGGAAUGCUCAGGUGAAGGACGCCUUUUGUAGGGCGCUACAGGUGAGGUCCAGGUGA